AUGGAAGAGAUUGAAGCCCGUCUGAGACGAGCCAGGGGUAUUUCACCAGAUCCCGCCCAGUUCAGUGCCCUCCGAUCCUCCUCUUUGGAACAUGGCCGCCCCCUUGAAACAGAGAAAGCAAGUGUGUUAAAUUUGGAUUCAUCCAACGAGACGAGACCCCUCAGAGAGGAUAAGCGGAUUGAGGCCACAUUUCUUCCCCGGUCCGAAAACACCAAUGCCAACGCACCCAUGAAGCCGAGCUGGAAAUACAGUGGUACGGAUUUCCACGUCGUUGAAGCCAGCCAAAUAGAGUCACAGCACUCUACGCUUGAGAAGCGACCAUCUCUGCGGCCAAAAGAAGAGUUCUUUCUGAACACCGUUCGAAAAAAGGAGCCAAGAUACAGUGAUCCCACAGACUUUCCAGAUCGGGACGGGGCAGAGUUGGCAGUGCCGGAUUGCUUGUCCCCUCGCCGCAUGGCAACGACUGAACCCAAUCGGAGGGUGAAGGACGGCGGCGAGGGGUCUGCCCACACACUUUUUCUGUCUGAACGCAACCUAGCACCACCCCACCCACCAUUGUCCCGAUCGACUUCGACAGUGGAAUCCAGUCUUCCAUCCACGCCCCUGUCACUGUGCUCGCCAACAGAGGACCAGAUCCGACGACAACCGGAAAGGCCUAUCCUACACCAGGGGCUGGAAACGCUGGAGCUGGGAUAUCAAAGCCAGAAACCAUCAGUGUUGAAGUUGCCGACCUGGCAGAACGAUGAUGAGGACGAGGGUGAGUAUGGCGGUAGUGGGAAAGAAGAUCACUGGUGGCGACCGGGACAACCAGACUGCAGUCCCACCUUGUUCGGUACGCGCGAUCGACGAGCCGUUUCUUCAGCAAAGCCUCGAAGACGGCAAAAGAAAGGCAUCCUCAGCAUUUUCCAGAGGAGGUCUUCCGUGGAAAGGUUGAUCGACAUGUACUUUGAUGAUUAA